GAUUAUGUGUAUGUAUUUCAUUUACAAGUGCUCGCUAAAUCACUUCAUCGUUUUCUUUGACAUUAGAGCGAUGACUUUUCGCUAAGUUUGAAUAUAUAUAUAUAUAUAUAGUGAUAGAUAGUAAAACCAACGUAAUCUCAAAUAGUUUGAAUAUAUUCAAACAUUUCGCGGUGAAAUUUUUCUUUUCUUCUGUGAUUUGUUUGCGGUUCAUUUCAUUUUUGCAAAACAACGUUAUCAUCGGCGAAUUCUUUUUGUGUGUGCACCGAAAACGAGUGUGUUUGUGUGUGUGUUUGUAGCAACAUCACAUACAUUCUGGCGUCACCAGUAAUAAUAAAAUAAUAGCCUAUUAUGAUCGAUGAUUGUUUUUGAUGAAUUUUGAUAUAUCGACGUUUGAUUACUACAUGAAAGUAUGCACGUCAACGUUUUACAUUGAAACAGGAGUGAGUGAGAGAGAGAGAAAGAGAGAGAGAGAGAGAAAAAGUGGCAGAACGGGAGCAGCAGCAACAGCAGCAGCAGGUUUUUGAAGUUGUCGAGUGUGAGCGGUUAACAAUUUAAAGAACAGUGUACAAAUGGAGACAGCAUUAGACGCAAAUUCAUCUAAUUAUGAAAUUAAAUCGGAAUUAUCGAACUGCUGCUUUGGCAUCGGUGUGGUAUACCUAGCAAAACAUGUGCCCACCCAACAAUUUGUGGCGGUAAAAAAAUUUCAAAUGGACAAAGCGAAAGAAGAAACUAAUUUAAUUCGGGAGGAAAUUUUGACAAUGCGUCAAUUUGAUUGUGACCACGUGUUGCCAAUGCAUACGGCAUUCGUUAAAAAUUCAGAUGUAUACGUGAUAUCACCGUUAAUGUGCUACAACUCUUGCCGAGAUGCAAUGAAUAGCUAUUUCACAACAGGUUUUCCAGAAAUUAUCGUUUGCCUUAUACUACGUGAUGUUCUGCUUGGGCUGGAGUAUAUCCAUCGAAAGGGAUACAUACACAGGUCCAUACGUGCCAGUCACAUUCUAAUCAAUCAGAACAAAGCCGUUUUAUGCGGAUUCCGUGAACCAAUCACACUCAUUACGAACGGACAACGAACACAAAAGCUCUUUGAUUUGCCGCAAAACAGUGUGAAAAGCUUAAAUUGGCUGGCGCCCGAAGUGUUGGAACAGAAUUUAGCGGGUUAUACGGAAAAGUCAGAUAUUUACAGUAUUGGCAUUACGACGUGUGAAUUGGCCAAUGGGCUUGAACCAUUCGCAAAUAUGCCAACCACAUUCAUGCUGACCGAGAAAAUGCGCGGAAAUCAACCAGUGCUAUUUGAUUGUUCAACGUGUCCAGACGAAAUAUUCGCACCUUCAGCGGGCAGCACAUCAGACAUAGAUAACAAUUUUGCAUACCAAACCCACCAAAUCUAUAGGGAACGAAAACUCAGUGAUCAUUUUCACAAAUUCGCCGAAAUAUGCAUGGAAAGAUAUCCAGAUGAUCGGCCGAAUAUAGUUGAGCUACAGAACCAUCCAUUUUUUAAGCAGGGCAAACGCACAACGUUAGCGGAAAAUUUCAGUUCGACUGGCAUUGACAAGUACAAUUGCAUCAAACAAAGCUCAGAUGAAGACAUCAGUUUGUCAUGUGUGAUGGCCGACAUGAGUAUUAGUGGUAUCUUUGAAUGGGAUUUUUAAGUAAGGCAGCUAACUUAGGACUGCUAAAACAAGCGACUGAUCGUUUCGUGAGAUAAAAAGAGAAAAAAAUAAGUAAAUGGAAUGUGUUUGAAAUUGAAAGAAAUCCUUAUUUCUCUCCCACCACCCGAACGAAAGAAAAAAAAACAAGGAAAACUACGAUUUACAUUGAUUCCAACAAAUGCCAAUUCCUUUGAAAAAAUGAACCCGAUUUUUGUAUGUGAGUUUUUAAUUUUCAUUGGUAACAAAACACCUAGAAAGAGCGCUUAACAUAGCUUUCAGCUAGACAAUUAAGGAACCAAUCAAAUAAAUGACAAUUAGAUUAUUAUUUUUUAGACAUUAUUUAUUACAAAUGUAUGUAAACAGUUUAUUUAAAAAAGAGAUUUUAAUUUUUAAAAAAAGAAGAAAAAAAAAACGAAAAACGAA